AUGGCAGCAUUUUCAUUGCAUUUACAGAGAAGAUUUGAGCCAGGGCUCGUUACCUGCGGCAAGUUUGAUGGGUCUCAUGCUUGCCUCGUCUUUGCAAAUUCAGCGGGCAAUAUUGUUGUUCAUAGCCCUCACAGACAACCCCCAACGAAUGUUACGGAAAAUAAUCAUGAGAAUUUGGAGAAGAGACUCGAGUGGAAUGGAGAAAUCGCGGAACUUCAAAUCGGACGACAGGUGACCUCUCUAUGCACAGGUCGUUUAACAGAGGAUGAGAGAGAUGUUCUUUUAAUUGGGACUGUGACACAUGUACUGGCGUAUCAGGUUGAAGAUAAUGCGGAUUUAUUUUAUAAAGAGGUGUCUGAUGGAGCCUUUUCUAUGGCCAUUGGUAAGCUCAGCUGGCUGCCAAAUCAGGUAGCAAUCAUCGGAGGUAACUGUUCGAUAACGAUACUAGAUUAUGAAGGUAAUGAAAUAUACUGGACAGUCAUGGGUGAUAUUGUUCGAUCAAUUGCUGUCCUCGAUUUCGACGGUGAUGGAGAAAACGAGUUAUUGGCUGGCACUGAAGACUGUGAGAUUCGAGUGUUGAAGGACUCCUCUGUCCUCUGGGAGACCAAAGAGACUGGAUCGGUGACAUCCCUCGUGCCUCUUCCAGACAGACAAUUUGCCUACGUUGUCGAGAAUGGCAUCGUUGGAAUUUACGAGGGUGGCCAACGGCUGUGGAGGAUCAAAUCGAAACACAAAGUGAUUUCUGUACGAAGCUACGACGUUAAUGGAGAUGGAAUGAAUGAACUCGUAACUGGAUGGAGCAGUGGAAAAGUCGAUGCCAGGUCCUGCAUCAAUGGAGAUGUACUUUUCAAAAUUCAAAUGCCUACGGGUAUAGCUGGACUAGUCGAAGCUGAUUACAGAAGAACUGGAAGACCAGAUUUGGUGAUUGUUUCGAUGACUGGAGAAGUGCGUGGAUAUGCAUCAGGUUCCAUUAUUGAGAGCCCAGAGCCAGGUGAACUGAUGAGAAAACUUCUGGCGAGAAAGCAAACCCUUUUGACGGAGAUGCGACAUCGAGGAGCUCCAUUUCAGAGUCAUUUGACGACAAAAUUAUUGACGAGCCUGUUCGCUGGGCGUGGAGCUGCAAGGCUUGCUCUCUCUUCUGGUCCGGGAUUACUCAUUCACUGUGCAAUUGUUUUUGCGGAGGGAGUCUUCGAAGGGGAAACACUAGUAGCCCAUCCUAGAAGACCGGUCGGUGAAUUGGAGAUAGAAUUGAAACCAGCGAAGAAUUCUGUUGUAGAUCUUCACGUUAAAGUUUGUUUGGGGGCUGAUAACACUGAUCUAUUUCAGGUAAUAGAAAUUAUGCAACAACUCCCGAGAUUCUGUAUGUACGAGAUAAUUCCAAAGCCCGAGAAUAUAUCUGAAGAAUUAAAAAGCUGCGGCGUCCUGUUUGAAAUUGUGGAGAGGCCUCAACGGGUCGCCCUGUGGCUGAACCAAAGUCUUCUGCUCUCCAACGAAUUAGAAGUCGAUGAGGAUGGACCUGGAGCUAGGUUCAUCGAGGUCUGGCUGAGGGGGAUGCGGGAUAAUAAAAUUCACUGUCUACGAGCAAGUGCAGAUGGUAGAGCUAGUAUCCAAACUGAAAAUCCGAGCUUCGCUGGUGAUAUAAUUCAAUCAUUAACUUCGUAUCUUGGAAUUCAAGAGUUGAGUUCAGAAGCGAGAUUUCCAGCUGAGGAACGGAAACUGGGGGCAGCGUUAGAACGAGUCAAAGGCUUGAGGGAAGUGGAGGCGCGACUCCAAGCUGAUGCUGCUGGUGGUUCUACGCUCCUAAAGAACCUGGUGAUAAGACUAGAAGACGCUAGAAUCUUGGAGGACGUGGAAGGCAUGCGGAAACGACUCCAUCAGCUAAAGACAACCAAUGGAGACUUGAUGAGGGAACACGAGAUUCGAAUGAACAGCAGUAAAGAGCUGUUAGCCACUCUGAAGGAGCUCAACGUUGGCGUUCGUUAUGCUGCAAGACUACGAGUUGGCAGAGCAUCCACCAAUGCAGUAGCACGAUGCAGGACAGCUAUCCACGAUGAAGAUGCCAAGGCACUAAUUACAGCCCUUCAAAAUGGAUAAAAGUUUUGAUUGGCGUCUAUUCUCUCAAAAAAUGCUUCUUUGUUAAUAGCCAAUAAAUUUCGUUUGAAAUAAAUGACUAAUCUAUCACUGAGUUUAAUUCAUUGCUAAUUCACUGGUAAUGCUUUUGUCUUUGGACCUGACGGUAAUUUAGGUUUCGCUAGAUCAUCAUCAU